AUGACGAAUUUUAAGCCCUCGGGGAUCCGCAUUGCCAUCGACCGCGGCGGCACCUUUACAGAUGCCUGGGCAUGGAUCCCUGACGUAGAUGAGAAGUUGGUGGUCAAGGUUCUCUCGCAAAGCCCUGAAGAGUACUCGGACGCACCAACAGAAUGCAUUCGCCAGAUUCUGGAGAUAGCCAGCGGCAGGCCCAUGCCCCGGGGAACGCCUCUAAAUCUAGACGCCGUCGAGUCUAUCCGUAUGGGCACCACAGUGGCAACCAAUGCGCUCUUGGAACGCAAGGGCGAACCCACGGCCUUGGUCAUAACAAAGGGCUUCCGAGACAUUCUGGAGAUUGGCAACCAGGCCCGUCCUCACAUCUUUGAUCUGUCAGUCCGCCGUAUGGGCAAGCUCUAUGAGACCGUGGUCGAGGUCGAUGAGCGGGUCACUAUCGAAGGGUUCACCGAACACCCUGAACCCAAGCCCGUCAUCGACGUUGGCAGUGAUUCUGCCUUGGUAAAGGGCUUGUCUGGUGAAGUAGUGCGCAUCAUCAAGGCGCCAGACUACGACCAGGUCCGGAAAGACCUCUCGGCCCUGUGGGACCGUGGUUAUCGCAGCGUGGCGGUCGCCAUGCUUCACUCCUACACGUUCCAGGACCACGAGCAGGGCGUCGCCAAAGUCGCCCAGGAUCUCGGCUUCCGCGUCUCUGCAUCCUCGGAGCUCACAAAGAUGGCCAAGAUCGUGCCCCGGAGUCAAUCGGCAGUGGCGGAUGCCUAUUUGUCACCAGUCACCGAUACCUAUCUCGAGGGCUUCCGCAAGGGCUUUGAGGGUCAUUUGGAGGACCACAAUGGCGAGAAGCUGCUCCUGAACCAGUCAGACGGCGGGCUUACGACGUUCUCCAACUUCACUGGCCUACGCGGCGUGCUGAGCGGCCCAGCAGGCGGUGUCAUUGGGCUGUCCAAGACUUGCUAUAACCCGGAUAAUGGAACGCCAGUCCUUGGGUUCGACAUGGGUGGCACGAGUACAGAUGUCGCUCGCUAUGACGGAUCUCUGGCGCAUAUCUUUGAGAGCACCAUCGCCGAGGUGACUAUCCAGACGCCGCAGCUGGAUAUUAGUACUGUCGCGGCUGGUGGUGGCUCCAUAUUGCGAUGGGAAAAUGGGCUUCUCAAAGUCGGCCCGGGCAGUGCAGGUGCCAACCCUGGCCCGGCAUGUUACGGCAGAGGCGGCCCUCUCACAGUCACUGACGCCAACUUCUUCCUGGGCAGAAUCGUCCCCGACUUGUUCCCUCGACCUCUAGACAAGGACGUUGUGCGGAACAAAUUUGAGGCCCUGACCGUCGCGAUCAACGAGGAAAAGGCUGGAGAGGUCAAGCUGACUGCAGAGGAGGUCGCCAUCGGCUUUCUCAACGUGGCCAACGCGACAAUGACGCGCCCUAUCCGCACGCUGAGCGAAGGGCGUGGCUUUGAGGCGGGAGCGCACAAUCUUGGAUGCUUUGGUGGUGCUGGAGGGCAGCAUGCCGUUGCUGUAGCUCGAGACCUUGGCAUCAGGCGUGUCAUUAUUCCUCGCUAUUCCAGCAUUCUCUCAGCGUUCGGCAUGGCGCUGGCAGACGUUGUAAUUGAGAAUCAGGAGCCAGAAACCAUCAGCUUCUCUGAAAACGCAUUCGACCAGCUGCAAGGCCGCUUCGACAGGCUAUGUGCUCAAGGAGCCAAGUCACUACAGUCGCAGGGAUUCCCCCUCGACCAAGUCAGACAUGAGCUUUUCCUCAACAUGCGGUACGAGGGAUCUGACACCUCGCUGACGAUCCCCCAUCCCGGCUCGAUUGCUGCUUUUAACAGUGCUUUCAUUACUCGCCACCAACAAGAGUUUGGCUUUACCCAGACUCGUAGCAUCAUUGUCGAUGAUGUCAGAGUCCGUAGUGUUGGACAAGGUGCCGAUGUUCAGCUCACCAACCCAUUCGAAGAGCUGCGCAAGGUUCGCUCAUCCCCGCCGGCCACUCCUAGUAAGCCUCGAGCAUCCACACAAGUGUACUUCGACGUCCAAGGUUGGACAGAGACUGGGCUACACUAUCUCAAUGAUCUGCCAGUUGGUAGUACUAUCCGUGGACCCGCCAUGGUGGUUGACAAGACCCAGACCAUCGUGCUCGACCCCUCGAGUGCUGCCACUGUUCUGCCCGAGCACCUGAUCCUGGAGAUCCUGGAUGUUGAAACUGCCAAGAUCAACACGGAGACGGUGGACCCAGUGCAGCUCUCCAUAUUCGGCCAUCGAUUCAUGAGUGUAGCCGAACAGAUGGGGCAGACGAUGCAAAAGACAUCCAUCUCCGUCAACAUCAAAGAGCGCCUGGACUUUUCCUGCGCCAUCUUUUCUGCGACUGGUGGCUUGGUCGCUAACGCUCCGCAUAUACCUGGCCACCUAGGCUCUAUGAGUUAUGCUAUUGCCUAUCAAGCCAAACUUUAUGGGCCUGGCGAGCUCAAGCCCGGCGAUGUUCUGCUUAGCAACCACCCUUGUUCUGGCGGCACCCAUCUGCCUGACUUGACUGUGACCACACCAGUCUUUAGCGAGGAUGACCCGUCCAAGAUUCUCUUCUUUGUGGCUAAUCGUGGCCACCACGCCGACAUUGGCGGUAUUCAACCUGGAUCGAUGCCUCCACACUCUACUGAGCUGUGGCAGGAAGGUGUGGCGGUUGAGACUUUCAAGAUUGUCAAGGAAGGCGUGUUUGAUGACGCAGGACUCCACGAGAUUCUCGUUGACACUCCAGCUUCUUACCCCGGCUGCAGUGGGACUCGAACUUUAAAGGACAAUAUUGCGGACCUCAAGGCAGCUAUUGCGUCCAACAAUAGAGGCAUCCAGCUCAUCAACGGCCUGGUCAAGGAGUACACCUGGCCAGUUGUCGAGUACUACAUGGAGGCCAUCCAGCAAAACGCAGCACAGUGUGUGCGAGACCUGCUCAAGGGCUUCAGCAGGCGUUUCGAGGGGCAAAGAUUGCAGGCCACAGACUAUCUUGACGACGGCACGGUAUUAUCACUGCAGAUAACCAUCGACGCCGCCAGCGGCGAUGCCGUGUUUGACUUUGAGGGCACGGGUCCCGAACACUUUGGCAACCUCAACUGCCCGCCUGCAGUCAUGCUGUCUGGCAUCAUGUACUGCCUCCGCUCAAUGGUCGCGACGGAUAUGCCGUUGAACCAGGGCUGUCUUGACCCCAUCAAGCUCAAGCUCCCACCGAACACCAUUCUUUCUCCAUCACUGAAAGCCGCGACGGUAGGAUCCAAUGUCGAGACCUCGCAGCGGAUAGUGGAUCUCGUCUUCAAGGCCUUCCAGGCGUGCGCCGCGUCGCAGGGCACCUGCAACAACCUGACCUUUGGCUACGGCGGCACCGACAGCACCACGGGAAAAGUCGUCAAGGGCUUUGGGUACUACGAGACCAUUGCUGGCGGGUCGGGAGCCGGUGCAGACUGGCAGGGAGAGAGCGGCGUCCACACCCACGUCACCAACACCCGGAUGUCGGACCCGGAGAUCUUUGAGAAGAGGUAUCCCGUCCUGCUGCACGAGUUCUCCGUCCGCCGGGGCAGCGGCGGCGACGGCCUGAACCGCGGCGGAGACGGGUGCGUCCGCGACAUUGAGUUCCGCAUGCCGCUCCAGGUGUCCAUCCUCUCGGAGCGCCGGGUCAUCGCGCCUUACGGCAUGGCUGGGGGCGACGAGGGCAAGCGGGGUCUGAACCUGUGGAUUCGCAAGGAUCCUUCCGACGAAACCACCAGGACCAUCAGUCUGGGCGGCAAGGCGACAACCAUGAUGAAUGCGGGCGAUCGGAUCAUCGUCAUGACGCCGGGCGGCGGUGGGUACGGUCCCAGUCCUAACAAGACAAGGGCGGAGCAGCGGUUCGGCGUCUUCAAGAUUGGAGACAAGUUCGCUGCACCAUCCAGAGCGGGAGGAAGUGUAGCGCAGAGAGCCGCAACGGCUGAGGGAAACUAG